CGCCUUCGCUCAUAAUCCUCUAUUUCCUCUUAAAAGUCUCACAUUUUCUGAAGCCAUUGGUACUAACGGUAGAAUUGGAUUACUAUAAAAAUCAGUUUCAACAACAAAUAUAUAAAAUUCAAAAACUUAUAUCCUUGGUUGAACAAAGAAACACAUGAACAACAAAUGUCAAUUUCGUCAGGAAAAAAAACACAUGUCAAUUCAUGGGGCCCUUAACAGAUAUGAGACAACCCGUUUGCAAUAAUUAUUAUUAUGUCAACACAAGAACAACAAAUGGACAUUAAGAAUCUUCCACUUCUUUCAUUGAACAGUUAGAGUUAGCUGUCGUAGGUAAGCGAGCGGCAGUUAACUACCGUUUACCAAUGAACAAUAAUCAAUUGUUGUUGAAGAUAUUUUCGUCAGUUUAAAGUGCGUGAGAGCAAAACAAUGUGCGUCUAUAGAGCACUUUUCUUACAUUAUAUCUGACUAUGACCACUCAAUUCCAUCCCCGCACACUACCAACAUGCUUAUUUAUAUUCAUUCACGUCUUAUGAAAUCAAAGUUGUUGGUUGGUGAACAUUUGAUACAUACCAAACAAAAACAUACUAAUUAGAUUCCCUUUGUCAGAAGUGAAAUACAAUUUUAAAAACCUAGGAGUUCUCUUUCUUUAUCUUUACCAAAUGGAUUUGCCAGAUUUCUUCCUAGCAGCAACAAUCACAUUAGGCUUCAUCUCCAUAUGUAAAUCUCUAUUCCAUUUUCUCAACUGGAUAAGGAUCAUGUUCUUGAGACCUCGCAAAAAACUCAAAGACUAUGGUUCAUGGGCUAUAAUCACCGGCUCCACCGAUGGAAUAGGCAAAGCCAUGGCUUUUGAAUUUGCAUCAAAGGGACUCAACAUUCUCUUAGUUGGUAGAAACCCUCUUAAACUUGAAGCAACAUCAAAAGAGAUAAUAGAUAGAAAUUUUGGAAAUGUUGAGGUAAAGUUUGUUGUUAUAGACAUGCAAAAUAUUAGUGGAGAGGAAAUAAUGAAAAGAGUAGAAGAAGCAAUAUAUGGUUUAGAUGUGGGAAUUUUAGUUAAUAGUGCUGGUGUGGCUUACCCUUAUGCUAGAUUUUUUCAUGAGGUUGAUUUGGAUUUGAUGGAUGCUAUUAUCAAAGUGAAUGUUGAAGGAACAACUUGGAUUACAAAAGCUGUGCUUCCUAGUAUGAUUAAGAAGAGAAAAGGAGCUAUUAUUAACAUUGGUUCUGGUUCCAGUGUUGUACUUCCUUCUUUUCCUCUUGUCACAAUUUAUGCAGCAUCAAAAGCGUAUCUUGCAAUGUUCUCUGCAUGCACCAGUUUGGAAUACAAACACCACGGGAUUGACAUCCAGUGCCAGGCUCCAAUGUUUGUCUCAACAAAAAUGACAUGUGAUAUGAAGACAUCACUUUUUGUUCCAACACCAGAUAAAUACAGCAAAGCAUGCACAAAAUGGAUUGGCUAUGAAAAAUUGGUUGUGCCUUACUUCUUUCACAAUCUGCAGUCGUUUCUCAUAAGGAAAAUUCCUGAUGUACUCAUGGAUUCCUAUAUGCUACGUUUUUUUCUUUACCGGCGUGAAAAAGGACUCAUCGACGACUCCCAAAUCAAAGGAUUAGAAGCAUCUUGUAAUUCUGAGACAAAUCAACAUUAGCUUCUAUGUAAAAAUAAGUUUGAUGAUGGAAUCGAAGUCCCAGUGAAUAAUAUGUAUGUUGUAUCCACCAACUAAAUCAACAUCUAUAUAUGAUUUGGAUCGAUC